GUGCCUCUUCCUCAUCCUUCGAUCAGCUGUCACGUGGUAUCCGUCGCAAGCAUGCGAGCUUCCACCAUCAGAGACGACAUCGAGGAGAUGGGGGGGUGUUUUCUCCACGCCCUCCCGCCCCAUGACGCUUCAUCGACGGACUCACCUUCGGAUCCACGCAUCACCGAACUUCUCGACGCCUACAGCGACGUGUUCGAAGGCCCGCAKGGAGUAGUACCGGAUCGACCCAUCCGCCACGAGAUCAUCCUCGAGGACGGGGCCGUACCUCYGCGCGGUUGCAUCUACCGAAUGAGCGAGGAAGAGUUAAGUGUGCUUCGGGCACAACUCGACGACCUUCUAGAGAAAGGCUGGGUUCGGCCUAGCUCAUCGUCAUACAGUGCUCCUGUUCUCUUCGUCAGGAAGAAGAACAAGGACCUGCGGUUGUGCAUCGAUUAUCGCAAGCUCAACGCGCAGACGAUCAGGAACGCCGACCCUCUCCCACGCAUCGACGACCUUCUCGAGCGAUUGGGCGGUGCCCAGYUCUUCUCUAAGCUGGAUCUCAAGUCAGGGUACCACCAACUCGAGAUUCGCAAGGAGGAUCGCUACAAGACCGCGUUCAAGACACGGUAUGGGCAUUUCGAAUGGCUGGUCAUGCCAUUUGGCCUUACGAAUGCCCCAGCCACUUUCCAAGCGGCUAUGAAGACGGAGUUCCGACACAUGCUAGAUCGUUUCGUACUUAUCUACCUCAACGACAUUCUGGUUUACAGCCGAAGUCUGGACGAGCAUGUGGAACACCUGCGCACCAUUUUGGAGCGGCUACGACAAGCCAAGUACAAAGCAGGACACGACAAGUGCGAGUUCGCACAACAGGAGCUGGAGUACUUGGGACACUAUGUGACGCCGCAAGGCAUCCGUCCGCUCGCGGACAAGAUCGAGGCCCUACGAGUAUGGCCCGAGCCCACCAACACCACGGACGUUCGUUCAUUCAUGGGAUUGGCGGGCUACUAUCAGCGAUUCAUCACCGGAUACUCCAGGAUUGUUGCACCUAUGACGAGGUAACAGUCGCAAAAGGUGCCAUUCGUAUUCGAUGACGACGCACGCCGGUCAUUCCAAGCACUUAAGACGG